UUUCGCAAGGCUUCGUUUGUUCGCAACAGUUCCGAGCCGAAAAGGGGUGGAUUAACGCACGCAGUGACUUUUCCGUUUCAGUGCGCGAAGUUAUUGUUUAGUAUUUUGAGAAAUGUCCUCCGAGCGCUGACCGCUUGCUGCACUUUCGGUGCUCUUCUUAUCCUACGCCGUGAGAGUCAUAAAAAUGAGUGUAAAUAGUAUUGUGAUGGAGACAAGGGCAAUCUGAGUUUAUGUUUGUUUAUUUUACCAGCUGGCGGUCGGUUGGAACCAUUCCCAUCGAUAGCAUGAGCCGCUCACAAUGUUCUCUGCGGCAUAUUUGUGUGUGCCUGAAUCGGUGGUAUUUUCCAAUCUGACGAUGGAAGUAAAUUAUUGGCAGGAAACCCCAGUGCGACUUAAUGAAAGACGUUGUUAGCAUACCUCCAUAGGUCAUAAGUCGAAUAAGCGAAAAAUAAACAAAACCGUGAGAACCGAGGAAAAAUAAAUUGACGAAUUGGUUAACGAGAAAAUUGAUUCCGGUGUGCGAUUAGGGUAAUUUUCAUAAAUUCUAAAAGAAAAUCAAAGGAGGGAAUUAAUUACAGUCAAAUCUGAAUAAUGAACUUGCUUCCACCCGUCAACAGUUUUCUAACGAAGAAAAGAAACCUAAGAAACGCAUAUCAAAGGCCCAAAUAGUAGCAGCGCUUACGGAUGACGAAUUUGCUAAGUGGAUGAAUGAAUAUCAAUAACACAGCCACUUCAAAAGGAAAGGGUGCCACCCAGGUUAAGCGCCAUCUAGAUGUAGCGUUCUCCUUUCCCUUGUCGUGCGUUGCCCGAUCGUCGUUCGUGCAUACAGUGUAUUGUUCGAAAUGAGUGAGGGGUCCACCUGCUUGUUGUGGCAACCGAUUGGAGAAGAUCCAACGAAGAGGGUAAUAAUGUAAUAAAUUCUUGUGGAAAGUACAAUUUCGUGACAAUCGGCAAUAAAAACAUUUCAAACAAAGAAAACCAAAAGUGUAAAAACCGGCAGAACAAGCCAAAGCUGAAAAUAAAACGGAAAGGAAAUCUCUCCGCCCAGCGUUUCCCGAGCCCACAAAGCCGGAAGCACCUUCCAUCCCCCUUCUAGCAUACCGUAACUUUCGCCCACGACAAGUUGCCUUCGAAAAGUGUGAGAGCAAAAUAUUUAUUAUGCAAGGCUAAAGUGAAGUGAGAAAAUUCAAAGUGUUUUAUUUUUCCUGCACUCGUCCACUUUCUGUCUGUUUUGGUUCGGCUAUUGGAUCUACUUUACCUCGGCUUGGGUUGGUGCAUUCAAGUCCACAGGAACGUUACUCCAAUAUGGAUGGUGUUGGGGGAGACGCUUAUCCUUAGCUCCGGCACAACCAUCAUCGACAAGACUAUCAGCAUCAUCAUCAUCAUAGUCAUUAGAGGAAUCAACUCAUCAGCUUUGCUACAGUGCGCGCAAAUAUAGUGAGCUGACCCGGUUGCAACACCAGGUACCACAGGGGUGCGAAUCUAGUCGAAUUAUUGCUAUCCCGCCAAUCGCUGGUUUGGGUACAAUCACACACACACAGCACUCUACACAAGUAGGUUCUCAACAGCUUAGAAUUUGUACUUCCCUUCAAGAAGGAAAAGAUAUUCGCCGUCAGUGAAGGAACGAGGAUUGCAGCAAAAGUGUUGAGCAUGAAAGCACUAAAAUCGAGUGCAAUGCUGCUGGCAAGUGUUUUACUGAUUUUAAAUGGAUUUCUCAUCACUAGCACGCAUAGCGAAGAAGAAGAAAUUGUGGAUGAUAACAGCGCCUAUAUACUAGACAGAGAUUUGCCAAAGUUUGGAGAGCCUAUCCAGAAUCUGACGGUGGCUCUUGGGAGAGAAGCAAUUUUGAUCUGCGUGAUUGAUAACUUACAAACGUACAAGGUCGCUUGGCUGAGGGUGGACACGCAGACGAUCUUGACGAUACAGACUCAUGUGAUAACCAAGAAUCACCGAAUGACGAUAACACACGUCGAAGGAAGAAAAUGGGUGCUGCGAAUAAAGGACGUCAAGGAGUCGGACAAGGGUUGGUACAUGUGCCAGGUUAAUACCGAUCCAAUGCGGAAUCAGAUUGGCUUCCUCAAUGUUGUCGUUCCGCCCAACAUUCUGGAUUAUCCAACAAGCACUGAUAUGGUGGUUCGGGAGGGCAGCAACGUGACACUGAAGUGUGCAGCGUCUGGCUCUCCUCAGCCAACUAUUAUGUGGCGUAGGGAGGGCAACGAACCAAUCAGUUCGGGAGCUUCCAGUUUAAACACUUCAGUGUUUUCUAUCGCUCGUGUUAAUCGAUUGAACAUGGGCGCCUAUUUGUGUAUAGCUUCCAACGGAAUACCGCCAUCAGUCAGUAAGCGUGUGAUGCUGAUAGUGCACUUUCCUCCCAUGAUUUGGAUACAGGACCAGCUGGUGGGUGCUGCGCUCGGCCAACGUUUGACCUUAGAGUGCAACUCAGAAGCUUUCCCCAGAUCAAUCAACUAUUGGAUGAAAAACGACACAAUCAUAACUCAAGGCAAACGAUUCGAACCAGCACUACACGAAGCUAACAACUACAAGGUGGUGAUGAAGCUGACGAUAAAGGAGGUCGACAUCAAUGAUUUUGGCACAUACAAGUGUGUGGUCAAGAACUCCCUCGGCGAAACUGAUGGAUCAAUCAAAGUGUACCAUAUUCCAUCAACAACUACAACGCCUACUAGUCCGCCAAGCACGACGACGCUACCUACUACAACGGAUGUUUCUUAUCGUAAAAACUACAAAAAUAAAGUCUACCGGCCACUGGAUGAGUUUUCAUCAUCGUCCAACAAAGUUCUCAUGGGCGAUAGCGGCGAAUCGUGGAACAAAGACCUAUCGAAAGAUAAAGACCGGGACCGAUACAGGGAAAACUCUGCCAAUCUCGAAGACCAACGAGAGAAGGAAGCGUUCGUCGAUAACGACACAAAAUCGGCAGCUUGCAGUGUGCCGCACAUAAAACUGAUGGACUUGAACCUACUCCUCGCGUUGCUUAUGAUAUUUCACCUAAGGUGAUCAGACUCAUUGAAUACGUUAAAAAUAUGCUGAAUAAAUUUAUUUGUUUCAACUAUUUACUUGAUGAUAAUCCCGUCAGAGGUGUAUUUGAGCAAAAAUAGAAUAGUGAAAUGAGAGAGUAAUACACAAAACCAAAUCUGAAAAAAGAAAAUCGUGCAAAUAAUGUU